AUGUGCUUCAAGUCGUUCUGGGGCUACACCUGUGGCCACUGCAGCUUACCCUGCAUUACAAAAUGCCCAACUACCGCUCAAAACGAGAAUUUUCCCCCAUGUUCUAUUCCGGCCUUACAAACCAUUCCUGCCAACCAAUUCUGUCAUGCUUGCAUGCGUGUGAGUUGGAAUAUGAGCGUUAUAGCCGAGGAGAAUGCUCAUCGAGAGAGACAUGAGCGAGGAGAGUGUAAGUGUGAGGUUAUAUUUGAUAGGGCAGAGAGAGAGCGUCGGGAGAGAGAGCGGGGUGGUGAUUUGGGGGCUAGAGAUUUCAGGAGAGAGGGAGAGGGAAAUGGGAAUGGGAAUGAGAGAGAUGGAAAUGGAAGAGCUAGAGCCGGGGGACGAGGAAGAGGCCGAGAUACCGGUGCGAAUACUGCAGGUACAAUCGAUAACGCUGGCGAUAACAACCACGGAGGACGCGAGGGACAAGGCAGACAACCGGAAGAAAUUGGCGGAAAUAGCGUUAUGAUGCAAGGAUCAAACAUGGAAGCUAUGAUGAACACUACACCACCAGGUUAUCGCAGUCCUCAUCCCCGCGAUCCAGCCUCUUCCCACCGAUACUUCCAUGUCGCCAACGUCCACAGAAGAGGUCCAUACGACAUGAAUCCCGUUACGGGUGUUGUACCUGCUCGGCCCAUCGAAAAUCCACCAAUUAGGACAAGUUCAUCUCCUAUGUACGGAGAUAUGAUGAUCAUUCCCCCUGAUCCAAGAAUGUCAAACAUGGGUGUCUAUCCUCCAGGACAUCCCAUUCUCGCCAAUCACAGAGCUGAAGCCCAUGCAUUCCACUCUUUCGAGAUGCCUCCACCCCCUUCUUCAGGUCCUCCUAGCUAUCGGAGUCCCAAUUUCGCUCCAUCUACUUAUAGCGAUGGAAAUGGUAGCACUAUCUACCCUGGAAACCAGUACUCUUGGAGCCCCGAUCCGGAGCCUACUGCGCCAAUACCAAUGCACGGUUCCGAGAGAGGACCAAUUGGUGGCAUGGAUCCUCGAUCAUACGGUCAAUCAGGUCCACCAAGCCAACCUAGAUUUCGACACACCCCUACUCCAUUUACAGAUCCAACCAGCUAUCCAAUGAUAUAUCCGCAAAAUCAAGUCAUGGACACUGAUGCUCACCGAGAGACCUAUAACUACGCAGGCUACUACAUGGACCGUCCUCAUUUCAAUGCCAGCACCAGUGCCAAUACUAAUGCACGCGGCUCACCCCAAACACGCGCUCAAGGUCCUGCUGGCGUCUCCAUGGCCGAACACCAACCAUUGGGCGGUUUUGCUCGUGCACCCACAUUCUCCCCUCUUUCUCGUGGUGUUUCUAGUCCAAGAAAUGUAUGGCACGCUUCGGAUAACGGUUUACCUCCACUCCCACCACAGGUUCCCUAUCUAGGGGACUUGCCUUUGGUAGCUCCUGCUGCUCCGAGACAUUUCAAUGAGGGUCAUCAUGGAGCUAGACGCAAUGGACGUCAUGGGAAUGACAAUGCUCAACGCAACACUGUUCAAAGAGCUAGAACCACUCAAUCUAUGGGACAACUUCAAAUGCAGAUGACUACUACUACCGGUCCAGUUCAAACUGAUUCUCAAUCGACACAAGCAACUACUCAAGCAAAUACUAUUCAGGGACAAGCUCAAAUGCAUUCUCAAGAUACACCUGCUACUAUGAAUAUUGCCCUCUUGCGUACGCCAAGAGUCAUCAGCAGCAUGCCACGACCAAACUCAACAAUGUAA